CUUACUAGCUUACGAUUUACUUUAUUGAAUAUCAGAAAUUCAUAUAUGUUGUUAAAUAGUUAAGCAAAGUUUUUAUUGUGAUUGUUGCCAUUUAUGGCACCCUAACUGUUAAUUAUUUAAAAACUGUGAUUGCCUGUACACAUAUUUUACUAUCUAAAAAAUCACGGACAUUCUCUUGGGAUAGUUUUUUGAACAUCAACCUUUAUUGCUGUCUCAAAUAUUAAUUUGUGUAUAUGUAUAUAAUUAUAAUGUUUGUCAUGAUUCCUCAAUGCGAAACCUAAGGCGCUGGGACUUCAAAUUUGAAAUUGUGAUAAUGGAAGCCCCUUGUAUUAUAAGCGAUGCAACGAAAUCAAAAGAAUUUCACCGAACGCACAUUAUGAAGAGCAGCUAAAAAUCAUUUUCGGUAUGACAAACACACGAAAUGUAACUAACAUUACUGUUUCGUCCGAAGACCGUGCAAAAUUUAAUCGGAAUAAAUCUAAAGACAGUCUAGAAUUAUUCGAAAAGACAAUAAUGGAUUUACUUUAUGGAGAAAAAUGGAAAGAAAGAGCUGAAGGGUACUCCUUCCAGAAGAAAGAAGUUGGAUCGGAUGGACAAGUUCAUCACGAUGCCUUAUUGCAAUACCCAUCGGGCCAAGUGAGACGCUCCGAAUUAUUCUUCAACAGAAGUGCGGUUCAUCUCCCUCCAUCUGAUUUUACGCCAGCCGGCCAGAAUCUCCUCAAGAUCACAAACGAUUACAUGCAGACUGCCGUGAAUGCUUUCGCGAUUUUUGUCUAUGGAAAUGUCAACGAUAUUUACCGUUUGCCUCCAGAUUAUGUGCUCCGUUCUGCGCGAACAAUAGCAAUGCUACAGAUACCGCUCGAAAAACUCGUUGCUACUUGGUAUGUCGUUAAACAGGACCGGCCAACGUCGACUAUUUCGUAUCGCGUUUUAGAAUUGUACAGACCGCUGUUUAAGCACUUGAGCGGACGAGAAAUGGCCAAAUUGAACCUAAGCGAUGAGAGGAUUGUGUACUAUAUCGGUACACAUUUGGAUCUUAAUAGACAUCAAGUCGGAGUCAUAGCGAACCGCUACAUAGAACUGAACCCAAAUUGGACUAAGCCGAAAUAUUUGAACUUAAUGAAUAACCUUUUAUGUGGAAUAGCGCUUCCGCUGAUGCGUAAUAUACAAGAAACUACAUAUCUACAAUUAUCAAGUCAGGUAUUUUCCCACAUACGAGCGUGUGACCCGCUACAAAAAAGAUUUUACUUGGGAAAGAUGACCAGAAGUCAGGUGUAUGGUAAAUCGUUUAGCUGGGGCGCCCGUGAUGUGUCUCAUUUAGGAUUGCUGUUGAUGGAGCUCGACGGGACGGAUUUUAGUGCGAUAAAACCUAAGGCGAUGUCUGGUUUCACACCGCACGUACUGCAGGAGAUGCCUGUUUCGACUCUGAAACACAUAACAAAGGCACAAACCCGUUAUUUGAGCCAUAAAUGUCAAAUAUUACUUGCCAAAAAACUGAAAAUGUAUGAAGAAGACCAACUUUUUACAUUCAGUAGUGCUUCUUUUAUAGCCAUACCAAUAUAUAUUAUCCUCAUUUUAAUUCUCUAAUGACAAAUUAUUACAAAA